AGGCCCCUCGCCUCCUGCCGGGCGCUGUCGUCUGCCGGUUCCUGGCGUUCCCCGGUUCUCUGUCCCGAGACUCUGUGGCUCUCGUCCCUAAGGAUCGGGAACUGCGCCCUCAUGGCUGAGGUGAAGGUGAAGGUGCAGCCGCCCGAUGCGGGUCCGGUUGAAAUAGAAAACAGGAUUAUAGAAUUAUGUCACCAGUUCCCUCAUGGAAUCACAGACCAAGUAAUUCAGAAUGAAAUGCCUCAUAUAGAAGCCCAGCAGCGGGCAGUGGCCAUCAAUAGAUUGUUGUCCAUGGGUCAGUUGGAUCUCUUAAGGAGUAAUACAGGCCUUUUAUAUAGAAUAAAGGACUCUCAGAAUGCUGGUAAAAUGAAGGGAUCAGAUAACCAAGAAAAACUAGUGUAUCAAAUCAUAGAGGAUGCAGGAAAUAAAGGAAUAUGGAGCAGAGAUAUCCGAUAUAAAAGUAACUUGCCAUUGACAGAAAUCAACAAAAUUUUAAAGAAUUUGGAAAGUAAAAAGCUUAUCAAAGCUGUUAAAUCAGUAGCAGCCUCAAAAAAGAAGGUGUAUAUGCUCUAUAAUCUGCAGCCGGACCGGUCUGUGACUGGUGGAGCUUGGUACAGUGACCAGGAUUUUGAAUCUGAAUUUGUAGAGGUGCUUAACCAACAGUGUUUUAAAUUCCUGCAAACCAAGGCAGAAACAGCACGAGAAAGCAAACAGAAUCCGAUGAUACAAAGAAAUAGUUCAUUUGCUUCAUCACAUGAAGUGUGGAAAUAUAUCUGUGAAUUGGGAAUCAGUAAGGUAGAGUUGUCCAUGGAGGACAUUGAAACCAUCUUGAAUACACUUAUUUAUGAUGGGAAAGUGGAGAUGACUAUCAUUGCUGCAAAAGAAGGCACAGUUGGCAGUGUGGAUGGACACAUGAAGUUGUACAGGGCAGUCAAUCCAAUCAUUCCCCCAACGGGUUUGGUCCGGGCACCCUGCGGACUCUGCCCAGUUUUUGAUGACUGCCAUGAAGGUGGUGAGAUUUCACCAUCUAACUGUAUUUACAUGACAGAGUGGCUCGAAUUUUAAGAGGGCUGUGGACUUUACUGACAUUUUGCAAGUGAAGUUAUUUUGGGAGCAAAUAACUUAAUUCAUGAUGGAACAUCAAAUUUCCUUAAAAGCAAACUUCACAAUAAUGGAUACAGACUUGCUGCUAUGAAAACAUUUUUUUAUUUAUGAAGACUAAAUUUACAUUGGUUGAGUAGCCAACAGAAAAUGAAACAGGUAAGGUUAGUAGUGAAAUCCAUUCUUCAGUAAAUAAAAUUCCUUGAUGCUUUGGAGAACCACGUCUUUUGAAGCUUUUAAGAGUUUUCAUGGUUCAAGGAAAAAGAAGCCAACAAACUCAUAUUUACCAAGUAUUAUGAUAAAUGGCUAGAGUGUAAAAAUGCUCAUUUCGAAGUUAUUUAUUAAGGUCGUGGGAACUUUUUACAUCUGGUUCAUUAUCACCAUUUCUGUUUUCUAUUUUUUCAGUGAUUUCAUUGAGAAGAAAUUAAAAUGGUGAAGACAGGAAUAGUAGGGGAGUGUAUACAACUAGGGGCAUGAGUUGGGGAGAGAGUGGACCAUCCCUUUUGUACACACUAUUAAUUGCUUUUUACUUCAGAAAUAUUCUUUCAGAGGAUUAUGCUACCAUACUUACCUCAAACCAAAAUGAUUACUGUUGUCAAGGAUAUGUUUUCAGUGCAUAAAUAUUAACAUUUUCAUCCUAAAGAGAAUAUUUUCACUGUUUCUUCCUUGAGCCACUAUGUGGCUCAACUGUAUUAUUUGCUAGAAUUUUCCCUAGAGUUUUAUUUAAUGUCUGCAACAGACUGAAUGUGUCUUCCCAAAAUUCAAAUAUCGAAAUCUAAUCCCAAAGUGGUAGUUUUUACAGGUGAGGCCUUUGGGAAGUGACAGGUCAUGAGGGUGGAGCCCUCAUGAAUAGGAUUAGUGCCUUUGUAAAAGAAACCCAGAGACUCCCUCACCCCCUCUGCCAUGUGAGAAUACAGGGAAAAGAUGGCCAUCUGUGACCCAGGAAGUGAAUCUCAGCAGAUACCAAAUCCACCAGCUCCUUGAUCUUGGACUUUCCAGCCUCUAGAAUUGUGAGAAAUUAAUUUCUGUUGCUGAUAAAUGACCAGUCUAUAGUAUUCUAUUAUAGCAGACAGAAUGGACUAAGAUGAUGUCUAAUCAUUUAACUAAAAUUAAAACUAAAAAUAGUA